AUGACUGAGACGAUGAAUGGUCAAGGUGCAGAAGUGCAUUUUGCGGUUUUUGAAAAUUUUAAUUUUGGAGAGCCUAUAAAUUCGAUUGAUAUCUCAAAUGAUGGUAUCCAUCUUGCAGCUGUAAGUAAUCACACUCUUUCACUGCUGAAUUUAUUAGAGAACAAGUUGAGUAAGAUUCCGCUUACUGCCCGCAAAAAUGCUAACGCUGCAAAAUUUAACCAGGAUGGAGAUAGUUUGUUUAUAACAGCGGAAAAACCCAAUGUUAACUUUGUGUUGUACGAUAUUGAAAAGAGUAUUGCUGAAACUGUUUUUCAAACUACGUGUCCUGUUAACAAUAUUUCCGUAGGCAAGAGCAAAAGCUUACUUGCAACUAGUUCCAGUAAUAAUAUUAUUAAUUUAUGGGACGAUCGUACUUGCCGUUCAACCUUGUGGAACAAAAUGUAUGGGUCAGGAGUCGUUAAGUUAUAUCCAAGAUGUAACUGUCUCCUUGCAGUAAACGACUUUGGUAUAUCUUUGUACGAUUUACGGAAAUUUGCUUUUGGACCUCAUACAACCUAUAUCUAUCCUGGACACUACGAUGUUAACAGUUGUAUAGAUGUAUCGUGUGAUGAGAGCAAGUUUUUCGCAACUAGUGUAAAAAAUACUGUCGAUUUAUUUUCAACGGAUGCUGCGACUCCAGUGCUUGAGUAUAUAAAUGACAUGGAUUUCCAGAAAGUACAAUUACAUGCAGGCUUUGACAAAUAUUCCUCUGCAAUCUUUAUUGGUAAUGCAGCAGGUGGUCUUGAUGUCUACGACUGUUUAAAAAACAAAUUUAAGUAUGAAUUUCCUCAGCCAACCUGCACCGGUCCCGUUCAACAUCUUGCAGUUAAUCCUGUUUUCAUGUCUAUUUGUACAACUCUUGGAAAUUUGUUACAUAUUUGGAAAAGCAAUGAAAAUCUCUUGCCCUAUGACGAUGAAGACACCAAAACUGAUCCUCUGGAAACUAAUAUCGUGGUCUAA